GUGAGCAGGACGGGAGCCGGGUGCUAUAGCAGGCAGCAUGUUUCAUGCCUCACCACGACAUCCACAACAGGAAGAAAAAAGAGCGUGACACAUCACCUUCUAUCAGAAGAGAACCAACAGAAACACGAAGGAAAAAGACAGCCGGAGCUGGAGGAGGAGACGACAGGAGAAAAGGAGAGAUGACACGAUGAGAGGCCUGACCAUGCCUGCCUGCUCUGCCUCUCUGCUCUGCCUGCUCCUCCUGCUGCUGUGUGGGCUGCUGGGAGGUUGGGUGCUGUCUAUCUGCCCCACUGUGUGCUCCUGCAGCCGGGGACACCGUGUGGUGGACUGCUCCUCGCGAGGCCUAACCAAGCUGCCGCCUGGCCUGCAGCACAACAUCCGCUUUCUCAACCUCUCUUUUAACAGCUUGCAGGGUUUUGACAGCCAGCUCAGCCACUAUGCCCACCUGCGCACACUGGACCUGUCCUACAACCGCAUGGAGAGCCUGCCCCCUGCCUUGCCGCGAUCUCUGUGGGACAUCCGAGCGGCGGGGAACCACCUACGCUCGCUGGACAAAAACGACACAGCUUACCACUGGAACCUGAAAGUGCUGGACCUGUCGGACAACGAGCUGGAGAGGGUGGUGUUCAUCAACAACACGCUGCCCAGCCUCCAAGCUCUCAACCUCAGUCACAACAGGUUCUGGACUGUGCCAACAAAUAUGCCGCACAACCUGGAGAGCAUUGAUUUGUCGCAUAACUAUCUGGUGCAGAUCCUGCCUGGAUCGCUGGAUCGGCUGCCCAGGCUGACUCAGUUCUACCUGCAUGCUAAUCGCUUCUCCUGGUUGUCAGAGGGGAUCUUUGAUAAGCUGACGGGGCUGGAGGUGAUGACUCUCGGAGAUAACCCGUGGGCUUGUGAAGAAGAAGAAAACAUGACAAGGCUCCUGCGAUGGGCUGAGCAGACCCGUGCAACUGUUUUUGGCUGCCCCUGUUACACAAGAUCCAUCUGUGGACAAUCCCAUGUGGCAACAUCAGGGACGGGGUGGCUGAUCACGGAGCCACCGCUCUGGGUUAACAGCAGGGGUGGAGGGCAGGAUGGUCAGUCGCCUGCAAGGACUGCAGAGGUCACGUCGGGUUACCAGGCCAAAUCUGCGCUUUUUGAGACAGGAAUCUAUCAGGACAAAAGAAGGGUGAACGAAUCUGAGGACCAUGUGGUGUUUGUCUGGACGCCAUCCACAAGUUUUGACAGCUUCUCCGCGCACACAAGCACAACAGCACGUCCUCGGUCGUCGACGAAGAAGCCCAAAGUAGCUAACUCACACAAUAAAGGUCACGGCCUCCUCGUUGAGACUCAGCAAACUGUCACCCUGACUGUUUUAGUAAUGACAGCAGCAUUCAACACCUUCUGAAGCACCUGGACCGGACACAAACUCUGCUACUUACCAGAUUAUUUUAGACAGUGAAUGUAUGACCAAGUAACUCUACUUAGCACCUUCUUUUUCCCCUGGUAAAAAUCUGCUGUGACUGUUACUGCCUUCUGUCACUACCAUCAUCCUUCUCACGAGCUCAAGAUGUGAAAACCCAACAAUGUCUCUCAAAUUCCUGUACACAAAGAUAAAACUGUACAAACACACAAGACAGGAAACUUCUCAAAAUAUCUGUAAACAUGAUUCAACUGGUGUGGUAAUAUCAAUAUGCUUUCACACUGACAGACUGCUGCGCUCUAUGCUUCCCUCACAAUACUGACGAUUGUGCUGCUCAAAACUGGAUUUACUAAUACACAUAUACAUACUGUGUACAUAUUCAUUACAUUAUAGAACAUUCCAUAUAGCGCCUGCUGCUCCCCCAGCUCACUGUCACUGAGUUGUGGGGGCAAAAAAUGUCUACACAACAAAUUAGUUACCGGUAAAGGGCUAGUUAAAUGAAAGAGUUCAAAGGAAGACGUUCAUAUAAUAGUUCAAGGUGUUCCUGUCUGCAGCUGAUAUAAAUAUAACAUGAAUAACAACAGUACAAUGCAGUGAAUCCCCUAUGAUGUAAGAGAGUAUGCAAGAAAAUAAAGUCUAAGAAAUAAAAGAAAAAACAAAGCACAAGAAACAAAUAAUCAAGUUGAAAGAACAGAGGAAGACAGCCCAUCAAAUGUCCAGCCCGUCAAACGUCCAGCCCGUCAAGCUUUCAGCCUUCCUGUCAAAGAUACUCCACAAAAAGUUUACUAAGUCAAAUUCUCUGUUUCUGGUGUGUUUAGUAAGCUCUGUUUCCUAAUCAGAACAUUGGUGCUGCUUUUUUUUUUUUUUUUGUUUGUUUUAACUGGAAGUCUAUUCAAAACUACCCCCGCCCCUCCUCCCCCGCAUGGCUACUGGCAGCACUGUGAACUGCAGCGGUGAUUACACUGGGCAGCAGUGAAGGAAGCGGCUCGGUCUGGUCUGGAUGGCCAAACCUGCAAGCAUUCAGCAACUAAAAGAAAAAGGGCAGAGCAGAGCGCAGUCUUCCCUCCUACUUCCUCUCGCUUCAAUUUCCUCUUCCUGACUGAUGAUUCAGAAGAAAACAGCUGAAGCUCAGUGGGUCUACAAUCUGUCACUCAAACACGUUCUGCCUUUAUUUUUUUAUUCACAUCUCAAAGCACUCCAC